CGGAUCGCGCUGCCCAAUGGGGCGACAUCCCGCCUUCCAGGGCAGGUCCCAGCUCCGAGGCCACGUCCGAGGGGCGGGGUCUGCAGCCCUGGAGCGGUCCGGGGCGGCGGAUGAGUGUCGUGUCGGUGGCCGGUCCGGAGCGGCUCCCACUGUCCUGCGUGCGCCAUCAUUGACAAGUCUGCAGUAAAGAUGUCCAGCCACCACACAAACCAUGUGAUGAACAGCUCCAUGGAAUCAACCUCUGAGCAUUAUCAUCUGACCUCGGAACAUCAUCACCCUACAACAUCACCGGGGCACAAUCAUGGAGAAGGGAUGAUGAUGAUGGACAUGACUUUCCACUUCAGCUACAAGAACGUGCCGCUGCUGUUUUCUGGAUUGGUGAUCAAUACAUCUGGAGAAAUGGCUGGUGCUUUCGUCGCAGUCUUCUUCCUAGCCAUGUUUUAUGAGGGCCUCAAAAUAGCCCGGGAGAGUCUGCUCCGUAAAUCACAGGUCAGCAUUCGCUACAACUCCAUGCCUGUCCCGGGACCAAAUGGCACCACUUUGAUGGAGACGCACAAAACAGUCGGACAACAGAUGCUGAGCUUCCCUCAUCUCCUGCAGACAGUGCUGCACAUCAUACAAGUGGUGGUCAGUUACUUCCUCAUGCUGAUCUUCAUGACCUACAACGCAUACCUCUGCAUAGCCGUGGCAGCAGGCGCAGGCACUGGCUACUUCCUCUUCAGCUGGAAAAAGGCAGUUGUUGUGGAUAUCACGGAGCACUGCCAUUAAUGCUGGACACAGUGUCAGAGCCUCUCUCUACCCCUUCCCUCACUCUAACUGCAGUCACCAGGAGAAUGGGGAUCAUUCCCCGGCUGACUGAGAAUCAACAAUAACCACGAAAAUCAGUGUGUGUUGGACCACCAAUGUCCUAGUCAGGACACUGCCUGGGCAGCUCACAGGGAUUCCUGGUGUUGGGGAUUUCCCGCCAAGCAACCUGGCACCCACACUAGAUGGACCAGCUCUUGAGGUUACACCAGAGCCACCCUUGACCACAAUUUAUGUUGCAUUUGUAGAUUGUUCCCUGACUGAAAUUACAUAGCAAGUAGAAAUUUACAAGAUUAUUGAAAUGUCCUUUUAAAACAUUUUAUUUUUAAAGAAUAAAUGCUCAGAUCUGGGGGGUUUUAUUAAUGUUCGAUAAAGGCGCCAGUAUGUGACAAUGGCUGUUUUAAUUUUCUAAAAAAAUCUGUGCUUAAUGCCUGGGGGAGGGAGGCGGGGAUAUGACUGACCUCUGGGCCAGCCACAGCCUCUGGGACAGUUUAUAGAAAAUUCUGUCCACAAAAUUACAGAGUGCUGCUGGUAAAUCACCAGAGGCCUAAUGGGCUCAGGUCUGCUCCGAGAAGUGUGCACCAUUCUUAUUAACUCCUGUGGGCAUGUUGUAUCUAUGUGUAUCUGGGCCAGCCUGUGGCCACUUUCAAGCAUACAGGUGUGUCUAAUGUUGCUGGUUUUCUGCUGUAUCCUUGCUCUGCUCAGCUAUGAACAGCAGGAACAUUUCAAACUGGCCACUUUGGCUUACUGAUCAUGGAAAUGUACUCCCAAAUGCAAAUCAGCAAUCACAUCUUUAAGUAGCAGAAAGAGACUUUAAAUAAAGCAUUGAAGCCCUGCUGAUUUCAUCUCGAUUUGCAGCCAUGUGCUGUUAGAGACUCAGAUUUGUCAUUCCGUGAAAAUUGUCAGCAGCUGGCUCUAUUGUUCUGACUGUUUAUAAUAUUGUGAUUUCUUUUUUCUUUCCGGUUAAACCAAGUAACACGAAGAAAGCUCCUCUGGAGAGGAGAUUCCUUGGCUGGCAGGUAAAGAACCAAACUUGUAUAGGGAGGAUAUAGCAGCCUUAAAACUUGCUCCUCUUAGAUGAGGGUUGGGGGAUAAGAGACUGUAGGGUCAGUAAAAGGAAUUUCAACCCUGAGGACUCUUCUUUGUCAUAAUCACCAAACCUGGAACUUCUCAACAUGGCUGUGCUGGAGCAACCAAUGCCAAUGUCAGAGCUGGAUAGCUGGAUAGCAGCCAGAAGAGCGCUUCCCACCCUCCAGCCAGGCCCCUCGUGCUAGGAGCCCAACAGAUCUCACAAACAAGGCAGGGUUCAGGUCUUGCUGGGAGAUCCCUGGCAAUACCCAGGUGCUGUGGGCAGCAGGGUUGAUUCAAUAGUUGGUGGUCUUUCCUCUGAGUCACAGCUAAACUGUGUAACUAGGGAAUUCUGUGUUGCUAGGGUGCUAGAGAUGAGAUGUAAAGUUGAGUUCCUGACCGAUGGUUAAAGAGCCCUUGUUUUCUGGGUAGGAGGUGGGCUGUUAGCUGAGUGUGAUGGCCUGAUUCUGAUGGGAGAAAUGCUGUUCUGCCUCCUCAAAUCCCCCUUGCAGCUUCACUGUUUAUUUUACCCCUUAUCUCCUGUCCUAAGUGGUCGUGUGGUGUGAAAUGGCUGCUCAGGUUCUUGACAUGAUCUCUGUAUAUUGUUGGUUCUCAUACUGUGGCGUAAGGACAAUCCUGGGCCCUUGGAGCCCUUCUUGACCUGGCUGUGGGAAAGGUGGGCCUGGGUCUCUCCCAAAGAGUGUCAUGGAACGAAUGGGAAAGUUGGAGAACUGCUGCUAUUCAGAGCUGAUUAGCUCAUUUGUAAAAUACUUUGGGAUGAAAGAUGCUACAGAAAUGCCAUUUGUUAUACAGACCCUGAAUGUGAUGUGAGAGGCAGGGCUGUGUGGUCUUGAGCAGCCUGCCACACAAACUCUACUAUCCCCAGAUGCUCUGAAAUUAAAUAAAAUCACCAGAGGGUGAGAAAUGGUAGAGGCAAAGAAGAAAAAAAGCUAGUUUGGCCCAGGGGAUGCAUGGUCAAUGCGGCCUUAGAAUCAGUCCCAAGAUGAACUCCAGCUCAUGUUCUGGUCGUGUCCAAAUAGCCACUGACCUCUCAGCACAUUGUGGUUUGCUGCUACUUUAAGCAACUGCUGACAGCAGUUAAUGUCCCAGAAAGCUAUGGGCUCAGCUGUGAUGCACUGGCAGUAGCGUUUCUUUUGUCACUGUGCACUCCUUGUAGAGUCUCUAAGUGCCUGAAUCGCUGGAGAGGAGGAGGACAGCGCCAGGACUGGUGGGUGAUAAAUGGAGCUGGGGGGCGGGGUAUAGGUGGGAGAUUAUGGCAAGAUAACGUGAGAACUAGGCUGCAGCAUAUAAACAGUGUGUCCUUUUGAGAAGAGUAUCUCUACGUUCACAUGCUCUGGCAGCUUUCAGUACAGAGAGAGACAGAGAGUCCAAAGCUCCCUUAGCCUGUAAGCUGUCUGGGGCAGGGUGUGUGAGCAUGUGCAGGCCUAGUACAAUGGCUCUCUGAUUGGGUUCUCGAGGUGUACUGCCCUACAAAAGCCUACCUUCCUCUACAGCAUUUAGAAGAAAACUUCAGAACUAUCAUGCAUUGCCACUGGCAGGCCUACUGCCCUGAGCUCUCGUUGCGAUCACCCACUCUUUCAAAAAGCUGGGACCCUGGUUUGAUGAUACAAGGUAUUUGUGCUUUUCAUCUUUGUAGAGCAGCACAAACUGGAGCAAAGGGAGACUAAUCUAAGUCAAACCAAAUGUCUACCCCAAAAUCAAACACCCACUGAACUUAGUUGCAGCUCUUGAUGUUUCAUGUAGCUGACCAACAUGUGAAUGAAAAUCAAGGGGAUCAGAUAUGACCACCCCUUCUUGGAUUUUGAUGGGAGAUAAGGAAGACCUCUGGCUCCAUUCUUCCAUGCCUGGCAGUGCAGGUUUUUCCCUUUACACUCCUGGUGUUUUCCAGACCCAAAUAAAUGUUCAAGAUGAUGUGGGAGGAGUGGCCUCCUGAGGAGUAACUAAUGUACAGUGAAAACUAGGUAGGGUACAGUAGUGCAGUAAAGUUCCAGCCAGACUGAUGUCCUGCCUCCAGCAAUGGCCUGUACCAGCUGCAUCAUGGAAGGAAAAAGCCUCCUAAUAUACUUCAAACAAUUCUCUCCUGCUAUAGCACUUCAGAGGGGGGAUUGUGUGUGUGUGUGUGUGGGGUGGGGGGGUCCUUUCUGCCCCCCAGUUCCAUGUCCUGAAGUUUGAGUAACUUCAGUGCUUUUUGGCAAAACCUAAAACAGCUGAUGACAGGGUCUGGUUUCUAAUCCUUCUACACACUGACCCUUGAGCUUAGUAGCAUGAGUGCAUUCCAUAGUUCAGCUCUGUGUGAACCAGUCUCCUUUGAUCAGUCUAGAGAUGUUCCUUUUUCUUAUGGGACGCAGUGACUAGGUGGUUUUCAUGCCGAUGUUGGUUAUUUCAUACACCCUUAGACAUAGACUCUUUCCAAACGUGACAACCCCCAGCUGCUUAAUCUUUCCUCACCCAUCACUCCUUCUAGCCACAUUUGUGGCUCUCAGUUUCAGGUGAGCAAAUUAACCUGUGUUCAUGGGGUGUAUAAUCAUUGUGUUAUCCAAGCAUUGUGACACUUCCUAUACAAUUCUGUCCCUUGUUCUGUUAGCUUUUCUAUCAUGUUCUGGGACAUAGCUACAGGUCUUCUUAGGAAAAAGAUCCAGCAAGAACAAUCUUAUGUAUAUUAUGACCUUCAUCUCUGCAUGCCUCCUCCUAUGCUAUAGGACAGGACAGUGCUAUUAUCCCUACUUUACAGCUGGGGAACUCAGGCCCAGAUCCACAAAGGUGUUUAGAGUCCUAACUUCCAUUGGAAUCACUGGAAGUUAGAACCCCACCUACCUUUGUGCAUUUGGGCCUGAGGGCCUUGCUGAAAGUCGCAUGUCUAUGGCAGAGCAGGAAAUUGAUCCCAUGUCCCUGGUAUCCCAAGCUAGUGCCCUAACCACUGGCCUAUUCUUCCUCUUGCUGUUUAUGAAAUGUGUAACUCUUUGGAAGCCAGCUAGUUGGGUGCAUGUGACAUGGAAACUGGUUCCCAGUGUUCCUGAGCACUGGUAUGGUUCAGACUCAUGGGGUCUCGCUCCUUAUUCUCUCUGCCUGGGCCUAUCUCCUCAGACUCCUGUCUGAAUGUGACGUUACUCACCCUCCACUCCCUCAGGUUGGGGAGUUUGGGAGAAGGCAGUUUGCAUUUGAGAGCAGAGGGGCUGGCACUGGCUCAAGUGGGUGAAGUAUGUUCUGGUGCUAGUCAAGCCAAGCCAAGGCUGGGAGAGGAAGAGAGGGGCGCAUCGGUAAUGAGUACAAUUCAAAACUACUCUUCCCCAUCCCCCAUACAUGAAUUGUGCCUGUCUACCCUACCCUGGCUGCAGCAUGCUUUCUCAGCUUGAUGAGACUCUGCUCUCUCACAAUCUCCACAAACUUUACUAGCCUGAAUCAUUGCGUUUCACAAGUUUGCUAAGAGUGGCCAGGGCCAAGUCUUAACCUUGAGGCUCACUUAAUGAGUGUGCCCCUAUUAUCUCUGUGGGCUUCUCAUGAGCCUUCAAUCCAUGGCCAGUUUUUACCCUUUGUGGUUAAAUGUAAAUUGACAAUCCAGUGGUGUGUUUAUAAAAUAAACUGACAGAGCCACGUCCCUCACUGGGUUACAAUCUCCACAUGGUACAUCAGUCCUAACAUCCCUGUGUUCCUGGCCCAGGCUGGUUGAUUUGCCAACCUCCCUAGAGCACCUUCUAGUAACACCCCUUUUCCUGCCUGGAAUCUUUUGCAGGAGUGUUUGAGGCAGACCUCCUGAUGCUGACAUUAGGCUUCUAUUGGAGGAAAGCCUCCCCCUCCAAUGACGAAUAAUUGUUCUUAAAUGAUACAUGUAUUUAACAUGCUGAAAGAUAGUGUAUGGUGGGCUGUAUGCAAGUAUGUUGUUUUCAGACUGUACCUCCUGAUUGUGACCUUGGAUGAAUUACAGAGUGUUCACUCAUCUCCUAGGCUCUGAAUUCUGUUGCAAAUAAACUGUCUUUUUGUUGCUUUUUUA